AACAAAAACAAAGAAAACGUCCGACUCUUCUCUCUCUUUCUCUCUCUGCUUCUUCGAGCGAGGGUUUUGCGAAACCAAACUGAAAAGGGAAAAUAAAGCCCUAGGGCUAAUAGAGCAAUCCCAAAUCUCUCAUAGAGCUUCGAGUCAAUUGCUACUGCGCCGGAGCCGGAGCUAGGGUUUUCGAAUUCGUCGACCAAGGAUUGGUUAUUUAUAUCAAUUUAUUGCCUCUUGGAGUAAUUUAUUUGGCGAUUCUGAUUUGAUAGUUGCAAUUGACACCAGUGCUAUUUCACAAAUAUUAUCCUGAAAGUCUUCUGCGGCUCAAUGGACAUCAUGUACAUGGACUUCUUCAGCUUUAAGCAUGUUAUGUAAAACAUCAUGACACUCGAAGAUUUUUUCACCUUAACUGAGAUGAAAGAUGGGCUAACUGCUCCAUCUCGAGUUGAGGAGCUGGUCACGUUAAUGCGGAGUGAGAAAGAUUCUAUUGUGAAUAAUGCUGGUGAGGCAACCCGGCAGUGGGUUGCAGUUGCAAGUACAAUUGCUGCCACAGAGAAUAAAGAUUGUCUUGAUCUUUUUAUUCAAUUGGAUGGAGUCUUGUUUGUUGAUAAAUGGCUGAAAGAUGCUCAAAGUUUAGUUAAUGAUACAAAUGAAAGUUUUGUAGAAGAUUCAAUAACUGCUCUGUUACGGGCACUUGAAAAGUUGCAGAUUGACAAUAAAAGGUCAAUAUCUACGGGGAUCUGGAGUACUGUUGAGAGACUUCUUGGCCACAAAAGCUUGAAGGUUCAAGAUCUAGCAAGACUGCUGUUUGAUAGCUGGAAGCAGGAUGGUGAUGCAGUUGACCAUGAUAUUGAGAAUACUGGGGUUCUUUGUGGUGAUGGUAGUUCUGAGCUUUCUGUACAAGAGUCCAAGCCAUCUGCUUUAAUUAUUUCUUCUUCAGAAGUAGUUUCUACCAGCGAGAAUCACCCAUCAGGUACUGCUCAAGUCGAAACAUUGCCGUUAAGCAGUUCGGAGGGUGUUCAGCCAGAAAGUGCUGAUGUACAGAUUUCAACAUGUAACAAACAGUCCCCAGCCCACAAACUCUCAGAGAUUGAAGACAAUAAAGAUAGUUCUCCGGAUCCUUUGGGGUCUGUUAUUUUGGAGGCUAUUCAACCAAGUCCUAUAAAAGAUGAAUCCUCUGUAUGUUCUUUAGGAGAAAAUGCUUUAAUUGGAAGUUCUAAUCUUCCUGUUGCAAAGAUGAGCAGUGCUGAUUUGUCAGAUGACCCAAAAUUGAAUGAGGUGCCCAGGAAUGAAGAACAGAAGCACACAGUCGAUGGUUCUCCAAAGAACUUAGGUGUGACUGACAUCUCUUCUGUGUCCGGACCUCCAUUGGAAUCUGGGGUUGUUUGUUCAGAAACUGAUGCUGCAACUGCCCAGGUUUUUGUGAAUGAUUUACAAAAAAAUGCAGAUGCCAAAGAGGAUGGUUUCUGUCAAAAGCUUGAUCCUCUGAGUGGUGAUGGACAAUACAAGAUCUGUAUAUCUGAUCCACAGGUUGUGAGGGACGAUACAACAGUUGUGGUGGAUGGAACUACGGUUGUGUCGGACGAUACAACAGCUGUGAUGGAUGAUACAAGAAGUGUUGAUCAUUGCAACACUGCAGUUCAAGAUAGUGACUGUUCAAACUUACCUCAGGAGUCGUCAGGUAAUGGUAGUUUGUCUGGAAAAGUUGAAGAUAUAGAGACUUCGUCCAGGAUGGAUGACCUGGGUGCUGUUGACGAGGAUGAAGGGCAAGCAAGUGAUGAAGGGCAAGAGAGUGAUGAAGGCGAUGAAUUGACUGUUGCUAGUGUUUUUCCCAGCAAAGUUGUUUUUCCUAGCAAUAUAUUUGAAAAGAGAAGGUCUGAUAUCGAUGUUGAGUAUGGGAUGGUUGACGCUCUUGAAGUUGCUCGACAGGUUGCUCAAGAAGUAGAAAGAGAAGUGGUGGAUUACAGAGAACCAUACUGCAGUUCAUCUUCUGGGAAAUUGUCAGGGGGUGGACUCAGACAACCUGGUAGCCCAGACUCUAUAAAUGAAAAGCAAGACCCACUAACUGAAGUUGCACCAAAGGAUGUGCCAGUUGAACAAGUUCAUUCUGUGGAGGCAAAUCCUGAGAAGGACGUAGUUGAGUCGGAACAUCAGGAAAUGGUACCUGAACAUUCCAUUCAUGACAUGGAGUCAUCUCAAGUGACUGAAACGGCUCAAGAACCAGAAGUUAACUCAGAAAAGGGUCUCUGUGGUUUUGAUCUAAAUGAAGAAGUGAGUUCUGAUGAGAUGGAUUGUUCAACAAAUCCCGUCUCUGCUCCAAUUCCUUUUUCCAGACCACCACCAGCUGCUGAUCUACCUGUGGCCCCUUUGCAGUUUGAAGGGGCAAUUGGAUUGAAAGGCUCUCUUGGCAAUAGUGCUUUUCGUCGAGCAUCUCCUCGCAGGUUUUUAGAGUCUGAGAAAAAUCUUUCUGCAGGGGCCACCACUGAUAGCUCAAAGCAGAGGUCAGACUACCAGUGUUUAGAUUUGAAUGUUGCUCUUGGAGGAGAUGAUUUGGAAAAACAAAUUCCAUUGUCGUCUGGCCUCCCUUCUGGGGAAUCUUCAGGGGAAGUGAGCCAAAGUAGACUGGGUAGGCCCAACUUGGAUUUGAACCGUAUUGAUGAUGAUGGUGAUGUUCUUCCAUUGAACUUAAGAGUGGAAGGACAGUUCUUGUAUAACCGAAAUCCCCGUCGCAGCCCAUCUCCUGCUUCAUCGUCAUCAUCAAUGCAGCCUUUGAUGAGGAAUUUUGAUUUGAAUGACAGGCCUUUUUUUCUUAAUGAUUCUAUUGAUCAAGGGCAUGGUAAGUCUCCUCAAAGUGCAGCUGCAUAUAGAGGGCAGCUAGAUGGUUCAGUUAUUUCUAUCAUGGGUACCAGAGUGGAGAUUAAAAGAAAUGAUGCUCCUCAAACCUUGUCCCUAUCAAAUGGCAAGGGUAUUAUUGAGACUGCAGGAGAUCCCAACUUGGCAAGAGCGGGAAGUCUUUUAGAGUUGGGUUCAAGGGUUUCUUACACCAACUCUCCUAUUUUUGGGUACAAUGGACUGGCUGCAGGGCCCACAAUGUCUUUCUCGUCAACCAUGUAUGGACCUGGUGGAGCAAUCCCCUACAUGGUGGAUUCAAGAGGAUCCCCUGUUCCGGUUGUGCCUCAAGUUAUGGGCUCUGCAUCAGCUGUUCCACCUCCGUUCUCUCAGUCACCAUUUCUCAUGAAUAUGAAUGGCAUGCAACCGGCUCUAAAUGGUGCUGGGCCAUCGCGUCCCAGUUUUGAUCUAAACUCUGGCUUCAUGGUUGAGAGUGGCAAUAGAGAUUCGGGCUUGAGGCACCUUUUCAUUCAUGGCCAAGGUGGAUCUAUGGAUGAGCAUCUCAGGAACAGCUUACAACCCCCUUCUAGUUCUAAUGUUGGUGGAAAAAGGAAAGAACCAGAAGGUGGUUGGGAACCUUACCCGUUUAGUUACAGACAUCAGCAACCCCCAUGGAGAUAGAAAUUCUCAAGUCUUAACCGCAUGCUGUCCUAUCUUUGCAACAGUUUCAUAAAUCCAACCAACUCCAUUGAUACACUCGUCCCAAACAUGAUCCUGAGGUAGGAGAGUUCAUUCGCGUUCAUUCGCUUUUAUAGAACUGAAUAAAGUUGGAGGUAAUUAUCAUGUAACAUCAUUUAUCAUAAGUGCUGAAGGAAGAAAGUUAGGUUGUUUAAUUUUUAUUUUCUUUUUUUUCCUUUUAUUUUCUGUGUUACAUACAGGCCUUUGCAUCAUAGGAGAUUUGGUACGUGUAGCUGUAAUUUCUUUGCCUAUGUAUAUCACAGAAAUUAUAGGAACAAAUCCUACAUUAAUUUAGUGGUGCUCGCUGAUUUGAUAAGCAGGUUUACCUGAUGUUAAAGAGAAAAGUCUUUCAUGACUUGAAUUCACUUC